AUGUCGAAGCUUUUCAUUGGCGGCCUUGCCUGGCACACUGACGACGUCGCUCUGCGCACAAAGUUCGAGGAGUUCGGCGUUGUUGAGGAAGCUGUUGUCGUCAAGGACCGUGACACCGGACGCAGCCGUGGCUUCGGCUUCGUGCGCUUCUCGAACGAGGAUGAGGCUGAUGCCGCAAUCAAGGCCAUGAACGAGAUCGAAUUCGACGGCCGUACCAUUCGCGUGGACAAGGCCUCCGAGCGUGGCAGCGGUGGCGGUGGCUUCCAGAGCCGUGGCGGAUACGGCGGUGGUCGCGGUGGCGGCUACGGUGGUGGUGACCGUUACGGCGGCGGUGGCGGCGGCGACCGCGGUUACGGUGGUGGCUACGGCGGCGGCCGUGGUGGCUACGAGAACCAGCAGGGCGGCGGCUACGGCGGCGGCGGCUCCAGCUGGCGCGGCGGAAACCAGGGCGGCUACGGCGGUCAGCAGGGUGGCUACGGCGGCCAGCAGGACGGCGGUUACGGCGGCCAGUAA